AUGAUAAUACAGCAAUGGCUGUUGCUACCCAUAGCAGAUAGCAAUCAGUUUUGGAGGUUUAAGCACAUAAAACAUAAGCAGUAAUGGUUGUUAUUAUCAUAUCAUACAAGCAAAUGCAUUGCCACCAUUUUUUCCAUUUGUAAGUUGCCACUUACAAAAAGCAGUUGAGUGAUCCACUUUUUCGCUUGCUUUUAGGGAGAAUACAGAACACUGGGAUCUUCUUCAAGACUCGCCAACUUAAAGUAUGCCAUCCCUUUCAUGGAACAUGUCCAAUCUGCAGUGGGCUCCGUUUGUGAUUACCUGUGACACUACACCCAACAAUUCCUUAGAAGACGGAUUGAGAAUAUCGAGAAAAGAUGUGAACUUUGAAGACGCAGGGCUGUGGCUCCCAAUGAUACGUUACUGGCGCUUAGAACUUUUUAUGAUCCCCGCUUCCAUUUUCGUUUUUGUUACUUUGCUGGCUGACCCACUCAUUUUUAUUUGCAUUCUCUCAAGCAGAAAACUCCGGCAGGAAACUCGCUAUCUUCUCCUGGCGAAUGCCCUCUUUGCGGACAUUGUGUUCCUUAUCUUCAACUUGGUGCUUUCAGCCAGUAACAUGGCAGGCUUACAUUUGCAGAAGUUGCUUUGUGAAGGUCUGUUAAUUGUAGAGGUAACAACCUACUGUACAGGCAUUUUGACCAUUACGUUAAUGGUGCUGGACACCUAUCUCGCUGUCCGCUGGCCGCUGCACUAUAUGAACCUGUUGCCCUCCUCCAGGGCUAAAAAAAUUGUGGUUGGGAUUUGGAUUUUAGCUGCUGUUUACCCAGUCACCAUUAUGAUUGCAUUGGAAAUGCUGGACAGUAUCGAAUGGGAGGAACAGAAAGUGUGUCUUAUGCUGCUAACCUUAGACAGCAGAACCCUGGGAAAAGAAAUGGUCAUUGCCAUCCACGUCUAUUUCUCUUUAGGGGUCAUGCUGUGCUCUUUGCUGAUUUUUUAUUGCUACAUUCGGCUCUACCGUAUUACCAAGAUGUCAGGAGUUUGGCAAAACCGAUAUUCAAGAGCUAAAAUGACAUUGCUCUCCCACACCAUCAUGUUGCUUCUUUAUUUUAGCCCUGGUUUAGUUUUCACUAUUGAGAUCUUUUUAUUCCAACAUUACCCUGUGAAACUGGACAUUCGGGUGUGGAUGAAUAUAAUAAAUAUCAAUCUUCUGGUGCUGGUGCCUAGGGCCUUCUUCCCUUACCUUUAUGGACUAAGAUAUCGAGAAAUCUCUGAUAGUAUAAGAGGGCUCUUUCGAAGAAGGAGGACGAGUCAGAUUACUAGUAUCUCCUAGAUCAGGGGCAUAAUUGGACAAA